UAAGGCUACCACUCUGUAUUGCUCUAAAAAUCAUAUUAUCUGAAUUACUGCAUCACUCCAUGAAUUUCUAUCCUCUCUGAAAUCACAUAUUGAAGAAGCUAACAUACCUUCAACCAUGGCCUCCAGCUUUCUUCACCAGGCCUUGUUCAUGGUUCCUAGAAGUACGUUCGAGUGCCGGUCGAAUAACCUGGCGUUUUCGGCAGCGGUGUCACGGCGGCGCCCCUGCCCCGGAGGAUUGGUGUCUAGGGUUCCGACGAGUUCUUAUGGCUUCAGUUUAUCAGAAAGGGGUAAAAAUUGGUCUUUCGUUGUGAAGGCUGAAGAAGAAUCAAAUGCUGAAGUGGAAGUGGAAAUUGAAGAAGGCGGUGAUAAUGUGGAAGCUGAAGAGGCUGAAGUUUUGCCACGUGCACCACCCAGAACCAAGCUUGGAGAUAUUAUGGGGAUAUUGAACAAAAGAGCAAUUGAAGCAUCAGAUAAGACAAGGCCUACUCCAGAUCUUCGUACAGGGGAUGUUGUGGAAAUCAAACUGGAAGUUCCAGAGAAUAAGCGCAGGUUGUCUGUGUAUAAAGGUAUAGUUAUAUCAAAGCAAAAUGCUGGCAUCCACACAACAAUCCGGAUUCGACGUGUCAUUGCUGGUGUUGGAGUUGAAAUUGUGUUCCCUGUAUAUUCACCAAAUAUUAAAGAGAUAAGAGUACUGAGCCACCGGAAAGUCCGAAGAGCAAGGUUAUACUAUUUGCGAGAUAAGCUUCCAAGGCUUUCCACUUUCAAGUGAAAGAGUAUUGCAAUCCACAAUCUCUUUUUUUUUUUUACCUCUCCGGGGCUGAUAUCUUGUUGUUGUGGCUGACCUUAGAUCUGAGUUUUACGGAAAUUCCAUGUUUUGUUAUUUAGUUGUAACUACUCGAAUUACCAUUUUUUGUUUGUUUCUCGUUAUUUGGAUUUUACUUAUAGCUUCUAAGCCUCAGCCAUUGCUAUUCUGCUU